AUGUUGUCAUGUGUCCACUGGCUGCAGCCUCUCCUUGCCUUGCUCUCCUCCUUGCUCGCCUUGGUGUCUUGUGGUAAUAGCUGCCCACCCAGCUGCCUCUGCCCGGACCACCAUACCGUGGACUGCACGGGCCAAGGACUGACCCGCCUGCCCGAGUCCAUCCCGCUGGACGUCCGACGGCUGCUGCUCUCGGACAACUGGAUCCCCUGGAUCCCCUCGGACUUCCUGGUGCUCUACAGCGACCUGGUCUACCUGGACCUGCGGAACAACUCCCUCUCCCGGGUAGAGCCGGGGACGCUGAGCACCUCGUCCCGCCUCGUCUUCCUGGACCUGGGCAGCAACAACCUGACGGAGAUCCCCUCGGGGACCUUCCGGGACUCGCGCAGCCUCAUCAAGCUGCGUCUGGGGAACAACCCGUACCUGAGCGCGGUCAGCGCGGACGCCUUCUCGGGCCUGACCUCGCUGCGGGAGCUGGAGCUGGAGAGGAACGCGCUGUCGGGGCUGGACGUCGAGGUGCUGAGCCAGCUGCCGUCCCUGCGGGCGCUCCGCCUGGAGGGCAACCCCUGGGUGUGCAAUUGCAACUUUGCCAAACUCUUCCUAUGGCUCAUGGAGAACCAGCACAAGCUCCCAACUGGCCUGGAGGGGAUGGAGUGCUCCUUACCGGUGGAUGGGCGCCAGGUGCCUCUCAGCAUGCUCUCGGAGGACAGCUUCCGGGAGUGCCGCGGAAUCCUCACCGUCACAGACUAUCUCAUCGUCAUCUUCUCCGGGAUUUGUGUCUCGGUGGCGGCCAUCAUGGCCAGCUUCUUCCUGGCCUGCACUGUCCACUGCUUCCAGCGUUGGAUCAAGUUCACCAAGUCAGACAAGGUAGACGUGGAGGAGUGAGGAGAGGGAGAGAGAGAUUGAGAGAGAGAGAAGGAGAACUGAAGACAAUCCACACUUUGAUCUUACCCCAACAAACACUCGGCUACCCAUGCUGCACCUCUGCUUGGAGGCUCACAGUGAGGCGGGCUGGAAAAAAGGUCCGAAACAUGAACACCACAUACUUCCCAUGCUGCUUGUCUACGUCCAAGGUCAAAUUAUCCAAUAGUAAAGGUAAUUUAACGUGAGACUCUACAGACUGUAUGAAUGAAAGUUUGACUGAUGCAAAAAAGUUUUAAGGGUCUGACGGCUAGACUGACGAUCCACUCAUUUGAACCAAGCCUUAAGACUAAAACUGUUUGAAACACGGAGCAUUUGGAGUCCCUAUCUUUCGCACAAUCAGAGAGCGAAGCACGUGAAUACUGAUGAGGGAGAUCAGAUGUAUUCAAUGUCAUAGAGGUUUUCCAAAUUCCGCCACAAGCACUUUACAAUACAUGCACAAGAUACAACAGACGACAGAAGUCCCUGACACGGUUACACCACCAAAGAUAGCAUCUACUGUAGUAGGCUAACAGCUGACAUUACUACUUAUCUCCAUACAAUUAGAGGCCAAUUCUUUGAUAGCUCUAGUUCUAAUCUGAUGUACGCAAUGACUGUAAAAAAAAUCUGUGGACAGCAUAGGCCUAUGCUCAGUCAAAUGUGGAAACACCUGAAGGAACUAAAAUAAGGUGACCAAAUAAGGUCAAGUCUGGUUCCUAUAUGUACUGGUGCAAAAAGCACUUACUGUGCAGACGCAUGGCUCCAAUUUGACCAGCAUGGCCAAGUUGAAGAGCAUGGCGCAUUUGUUUUUUACAUUCAUUGGGUGGACAAGGGAGAGAUCAGGGACAGAUUCUGUCCACAGUCCAACUGGACAUACUUUACAAGCACAUCAUUCUUAAUUGAACACACUGUUGCCACUGUUUCAAUGUGGUGCAAAUCAGAAAACAUCUUCAGCAUGUAUCAUGACCUGAUUGGCUAAACCAUGGGCAUACAUACCUUAGACCUAGAUGGUUGCUGAAACAGGUCUGGUCCUGACACAAGAGAGCUAUGCAAGGUGAGAGCCAUAUCUGUUCCAUCCCUGCUAAGGGCAUUUGUUUAGGUUUAGCUCAUUUCAUUUUGAAUAUGUGCGUGUCUCAUUAAGGUUUGUUUUUUAUUAUGUGUAAAACUGAAAAAAGGAUGUGGAAAGCUGAACUGUGCUGAGUAACAAAAUGAAAGAUUUGACUUGGCAAUCUGAAGCUUCAUUAUUAGCGGACCAACAGCUUGUUUCUGCUGGCACAACAAUACAAAUAUUUUUUUUUUUAUGAAAUGACAAAUUGAUAAUUCAAAGGUUUAUGCCUGUUUGAAACAUAUCUAUAUGUGUCCAAAUGUCUUAUUAGCAUUUGUAUUACAAAAUUUAUAUUUUGAGAUAUCCGUCAUGUUCUGGACAUAUGUUGUGUUUAUGUUUACAAAUUUGGUUUUGGAAAAUACCAUUAGAGAAUUGAGAGAGAAACACAUUGAGAUACAAGUUUGAAAUCACAUUUUAGGUCAAUCCAAUUAUUGUGAGGCCAGAUUAAUGACUUAAUUCAAAUAUAUGUAAAUGUAUGUAUUUGUUUGUUUAACAGUGAUUUUUUGUGGAGGUUUGGACAGCACAACUGAACACUUUGAGGGUCGCCAUGUGUCGGCCUAACUACACGAAUGCUCCAAAAGCAUAACAGAGAGAUUUCUUAUGUCUGAAUCCAAAUCUAGAGGACACUAUUUCUUUAAAUAAACAUUAACAUAAACAUUAGCAAAGAAAAGCUAAUGCAACAUUCACUUUAUAAGAGCUCUUAUUUUCCUAACUGAAUGUCUGCCCAGGCCAUUGUCUAGAAACUGGGCACCUUUUGUAAUAUUUCAUGCAAAAAUGUUUGAAAAUAGACUAUAUGUAGCAAAUAAUUUCUUCCACUCUCACAAGAACAGUGCAAGUUGGUUUCAGAGUUCUGGCCCACUUGUUGUAAUGUAGUCAUUUUUGACUGUAUGGUUUCCUGAUUGUCUGGCCUGGAUUGUCUGAUUGUCAUGUUUGCACAACAAUUUAAAUAUGAUAUGCAAUACCAUCACCAUUACUAAUGUGGAAUAAUCAGCUAUUAUUCAUUAAUGAAUAAUUGAAACAUUCAUAUGCUACAGUUGUGAUGAAUAUUAAAAUGUCCUAUUUUCCAACCGAGAGGCUACUAUUCCAGAGAAAAUCUUCUCUGUCCACACAGCAAAGAAAAGAAGAAAAAGAGAGAAUAAAUUGUAUAUGUACAGUCUUGACUUGAGUGUAUAAUUUCAUUGUUCUUAUGGUAUUGAUUCCAUGUUGUUUAUAUUUUU